UUUCUCAAGAUAAGUUAGCUAACCCUAACUCUUACUUCUGCUAUUGUCUUUAAGGAGAAGAAGCACUUAGAAAUUUCAGAGAAGUUGGCAUCAUAUAAUAGUAUUGAUGAGUAAGAGUUUUUGUCAAGUUGGACAGAUAGGGUUAGUUUACAAGCUGGGAAUUCUUGGUUGGUGACACCCAAAAUAUCCAAAGGUCCACUUGUUCUUCUUUCUCUUCUUUAUGUUGAAGAAUAUGUGAGUUUCUUGAUUCAAUAACCCCCCCCCCCCCACAAACCCCCCCUCCCCCAACAAAAGCCAGAAAGCAGGAAAAAAAGAGAAUAUGAGUUAAAGAAACCAACCAAAGUCUACUCACUUUCUUUUUCAACCUUUCCCCACUAUCUACCUUUCAAAUCAUUACAACCUUUCCCUUUCUUGUACUUCCAUUUUCUUUUCUUCUCCAUUCUAUUUCUCUGGUCUAUCCAGCGGAUUCAAGAUUUAGAGUCAAUAGGGUCAAAAUAGAUGCGAUCUAUUAGAUAUUUGUAUUUUCAAAUUCUUUGUUUUCUUCGGAUAAGUGAUUCGAACAGAAAAUAGUGGUUCAGUUGAAUCUAUUGAACCUGCUCUAGAUCUGUCUCUACGAACUAUAAUAAAAGAGUAUGGAUCCGUCGAACAAUUCACUUCCACCUCCUUUCCAUACGAGAAAUUUUAACUUACAACACCACCAACAGCAGCAGCAACACCACCUUCAAUUCCAACACAAUUCAGAAGAUGAACAAAGUGGAACAAGUGGCCUACACAUGUCCGGGCAAAAGCGAGAUCGCGAAGACAACAACGACAACAACAACAAUAAUAAUUCAAAUGCCGAGGAAUCAAACGACGAAUUAGGUGCUAAUGGAACCAAUAGAGAUGGUGAGUUCAAUAGAAGGCCUAGAGGUAGACCUGCUGGAUCCAAGAAUAAACCUAAGGCACCUAUUAUUAUCACUAGAGAUAGUGCAAAUGCCCUUAGAACUCAUGUCAUGGAAAUUGCAGAUGGUUGUGAUAUUAUGGAAAGUGUUUCAAAUUUUUCAAGAAGACGUCAAAGAGGGGUUUGUAUUAUGAGUGGAACAGGCAAUGUUACUAAUGUAAACCUAAGACAACCAGCUUCACCAGGUGCGAUUGCAACCCUACAUGGGCAUUUUGAGAUUUUAUCCUUAGCUGGAUCAUUUCUACCACCACCAGCACCAGCAGCAGCGUCAGGAUUGACUAUAUAUUUAGCCGGUGGACAAGGACAAGUGGUGGGAGGUUGUGUGGUAGGGGCACUAAUGGCAUCCGGUCCGGUUGUGAUUAUGGCAGCUUCGUUUAGCAAUGCAGCUUAUGAAAGACUUCCACUAGAGGAGGAUGAUUCGAAUUCGCUUCUUCCUCAAGGAGGUUCACUUGGUUCUCCUCGAGCUAUUGGUCCAGGAGGACAACAACAACAACAACAACAACAAUUAUUAACUGACCCGUCGUUGUUUCAUGGAAUGCCACCCAACCUUCUCAACAAUGUUCAAUUACCUUCUGAGGCUUAUUGGGCAACUGGGCGACCUCCAUUCUAACUAGCUGAAAUUCAUAGACAACGGGUCGGGUAAUUUUCUUUGAUUCACUUGUUUAAGGUCAUGGCCCUCCAAUUUUGGAUCAUAUGAUCCAAAACUAGAGGGCCAUAACCUUUAAUCGACGAAAAUUCUCUCUCUCUUUCUCAUUAGUCUUCAAGAAUUCUUAGCGAUGAUUUUUAGGUAAAGGGUUUUCGUGUGUUGACCAUUUCAAGUUCUUCAUAUAAUGUUCCUUUUAGUAACAUUACGAUUUGAAUUUUACGUCCUUUUUCAGGUUAGGUUUUUCGAAUGUUAGUUUAAUAUUAUGAUCACAUGAUAUGAAAUAUUUGUCAUUUGACCUGUGC